UCGCGUUGUUGGCCAAUCACACAAAAAAAAAUUCUCCAAGCAAAGACUACAGAAGUUGAUUGCGAGAAAUUGCCGAUUGACCAACAGCAAGUCCAGAGUAAUUCCGUGCGACAAUGGAUACAAUGCGCUCUUAUUUAACAUGUUGGGUCCUGUUUCUUGGAGCGGGAAUUCAGAUAUCCAUCGCAUUACGGUGCCACUGCCAGUGGUGUAGUAACAGCACCUGCUACACGGACGGCCUGUGUUUUGUGUCCUUCGUGAAGUCAGGCAGUAAGAUGGUGGCACAGGGGAGCAUGUGUUUACCUGAGGCAGACCUCAUCCCUAAGGACAGGCCAUUUGUCUGCGCCCCAUCGAAAAAAGAGAACACUGGGGUGGUCCCUGUCUGCUGCAACACAGACAUGUGUAACAAAGACUCCGAUCCGGGCGACUACUCGUUGACAUUCCCCACAGCCCGUACGCCUCCCCUGAGCCCAGUAGCCCUGGCGGCUGUCAUCGCAGGGCCGGUGUGUGUGCUGUGCUUUGUGCUGCUGCUGGUGUUCUACGUGUGCCACAGCCGCUCUGUCGUCCACCGCCGCGUGCCCAACGAGGAAGACCCUACCAUGGACCACCCCUUCCUGGCCGACGGCCACACCCUCAAAGACCUCAUCUACGACAUGACCACCUCAGGCUCCGGAUCAGGCCUGCCUCUGCUGGUGCAGAGGACCAUAGCAAGGACCAUUAUCCUGCAGGAGAGCAUUGGGAAGGGGAGGUUCGGGGAGGUGUGGCGGGGCCGCUGGCGAGGAGAGGAGGUGGCCGUUAAGAUCUUCUCAUCUCGGGAGGAGCGCUCGUGGUUCCGCGAGGCUGAGAUUUACCAGACGGUCAUGCUGCGCCAUGAGAACAUCCUGGGUUUCAUCGCCGCUGACAACAAAGAUAACGGCACGUGGACCCAGCUGUGGCUGGUAUCAGAUUACCAUGAGCACGGCUCCCUGUUUGACUACUUGAACAGGUACACGGUGACAGUGGAGGGCAUGAUCAAGCUGUCCUUGUCCACCUCCAGUGGCCUGGCUCACCUGCACAUGGAGAUUGUUGGCACGCAAGGUAAACCAGCCAUCGCCCACCGCGACCUGAAGUCUAAGAACAUCCUGGUGAAGAAGAAUGGUACCUGCUGCAUCGCUGACCUGGGAUUGGCUGUCCGCCACGACUCCGCCACCGACACCAUCGACAUCGCCCCCAAUCACAGAGUGGGAACCAAGAGGUACAUGGCCCCUGAAGUCCUGGAUGACUCAAUCAAUAUGAAGCAUUUUGAGUCGUUCAAGCGGGCAGACAUCUACGCCAUGGGCCUGGUGUUCUGGGAGAUCGCACGGAGAUGCUCAAUAGGAGGUAUCCACGAGGACUACCAGUUGCCCUACUAUGACCUGGUCCAGUCAGACCCCUCGGUGGAAGAGAUGAGGAGGGUGGUGUGUGACCAGAAACUACGGGCCAACAUCCCCAACAGGUGGCAGAGCUGCGAGGUUUUGCGGGUGAUGGCUAAGAUCAUGAGGGAGUGCUGGUACUCCAACGGGGCGGCCCGCCUCACCGCGUUGCGCAUCAAGAAGUCCCUGUCCCAGCUCAGCCAGCAGGAAGGCAUCAAGAUGUAAACUAGAGACAACGCCACCUGAAUGUCUGGAAUCUCGGUCCCCAUCUGUGUGCUGUUCUCCUCUUUCUCUGAAGAAGGAGGGAGGGAGGUGAUGGUACAAUCAGGUGGGUGUGUUUACCCUUCUAUGACUCAUUCCUUUAAGGCUGAUUGGAGAGAUUGUUUCUCUGCUCUCCUCUAAGAUGGCAUUAGAACAUGGGUUGAUUCCAGUGGAUAACCUGGAUAAUACUCUAUCUGGACUCUGGAUGCAGAGACACAACCCCCUGACCCUGCUGUUGGUUUGCCUGACUGGUUGCAACAAGCCCAUCUUUCUUACCCCCAACAGACACUACUUGACUUUUAUUGGGACCUCCUGUAGGAAUUCCAUUGAAAAUAUUCUGAAUUAAAGAAAUAAGUUGCAUUGAAAGAAAAUAUA